AUGACUGCGGACGUGGCGGUGUCUCUGUCGUUGCUCGCGGGAAUCGUCGCGCUCAGCGACGCGACCCGCAGGGUGUUGAGCAGGGCCCUCGCGGACACCGGGCUCUCUGUGUACGCGGUGGAGCUCGUGUCCACCUUCCAGCUGUGCUGCUGCACGCACGAGCUGAAGCUGCUGUCAGAGGUGGGCGGAAUCGAGCCUCGACUCGCACUCACCUUCACGUACCUGGCAUCUGUGGUUCACGGGCUCACCUUCAGCGGGGCCAUCGGCAACCCCUCCGGUGCCCUCGAGCACGCAUACCACGCCAGGCUCUCGGGCGGAUGCGCCCUGAGGCGGAUCGCGUGCCAGUUCGCUGCGGCCGCCGCUGCGCGAGCCGCAGUCCCGGUGAUCUGGGGGGUCGGCUUGUCGGGGCUGCACGUGCGGCAUAAACUGCUCGGUUACCGGUGCAUCAGCCCCAUUCACGUGCCCCUGCCCAAGGCCACCGCCGUGGAGCUCGCGUGCGCCUUUGCGGUUCAGACUGCAAUUACGCACACGCGGACGGUGGAUGAGAAAUACCGCGUGCACGCGGUAGCUGCGGUGAUCGCAACAGUAGUUUAUGCAGGUGGCAGUCUGACAGGUGCAGUGUUUAACCCUGCGUUGGCCUUCUCCACACAGUUCCCCUGCAGUGGAAACUCCUUCCUGGAGUAUUGUCUGGUCUACUGGCUGGGCCCUUUGCUGGGUAUGAUGAGCUCAGUGCUGCUGUUCGAUAAACUCGUCCCGCUGCUGUGGAGGAAAUCACCAUCUCUCCGUCUCCCUCCGGAGGCCAAGAAGAGGACAUGAGCACCAGCAGGAAGAACAGGUGGAGGCUGACCUGCUGCUGAUUUCAGCCAACAACAACACUGAUAUGCACUUUCACAAAGACUUUAACCUGAAGGGUUUUUGAUACAAAGGACCAGGAUUACCCAGACCAGGUUUUUUGAAUGAUUCCACCUCAACUGAAGACUCUAAUUUAGUGUUUUUAAUUAUUUAAGUUAGAAUUCACAAACAAGUUUUUAGUUUACAAGGCGAUCCAGCACACAUCAACACUGAAGACGUCAAAUAUCCGUCACUGGAAUAUGAACAUCAAUAACUAACACAGGAAAAUGUGCUUUGUCCUGCAGAUUCCAGCAUGAUAUGGAAUCAUAGUUGAUAGUCGAGAUCAGACUGGAUCCACACAGCUGCUGAAAACACACUGACAUUUGUUUACAUUA